AUGAAUAGCUCGUUGAGAACAUUGCUCAUUAUGAAGUUUUCGAGCUCGGCAGGGCCGUCGUCGUUGAAGCCCUUGGCGGUUCGCAGCCGUUCUAGCCAGUUCAAGCUGGAUUUUCCGGUCGAGACAGAGCGGAACAUUGUCGGAGAAAUUAUUUCAGCUUUGCAGAAUAAGAUCGCGGUUGAGAUUAAUUUAAUAAUUAUUGAGCCGUUUUGGUUACUGCAAAAACAAGAAAUUGUUGCAUUGCAUCCAAUAACAGCAAAUUUAGCCAAAAGAACGGAGGUUAAAAAUCCAAAGGAUGAUAGGCGAGUGGACGGCGCAGCUCAUGCACGGUUUUGUAACAAUAAAUCGCUACCUGAGAAAAGGCGAAGGCUAGUGAAAUCACUGCCAAUGUUAACCAGUAAGGAUUGUCGUUACUUCGUUUGGUUAAACGAUGAAUUACAAAAUACUUUGACGUCUGAAAAGAUCAUUUUGGAGGAGCAAUUAUCAAGCAAAGAAGCCUUGGAAGAAUUACUUAAACAGAAAAUUGCAAAGAAGGCAACGAAGAUAAAGGCUCUACGUGCUAAAAAUGCAGAGCAAGAAAUGGUUAUAUCAUCCUUACAUGAGAAAACAAACAACUAA